AGUAAAUGAGUGGGAAAUCGACUGAAAGAACAGGAAAGGAGACAAGGAGACGAAGCAAGAGAGAGAAGAAGUAGACCGCUCAGCUGGCGGGGAGGAUUCCGGUGAGCAGGUAGCACAACCUCCUCUUCAGGUGGUGGCCCUGCCUCGGAAGCAGUAGGCUGCGUGAGGCGGAGUUUUCCUUGCGUUUUACCGCGAGCUCGACGGCAGGGCACAAGAUCGGAAUUCCUGAAAUUUCCCCGUCGUUUCAGGCGUCGUUUCCGGUUAGACGUGGCCCCUGACACACCGGCUGUUGGCUGAAGCUGCUGGUUUUGUGGUGUUCCUUAAAACUAAUGGAGGCAGUGGUGGUCGAUGCUGGCUCGAAGCUUCUCAAAGCAGGAGCUGCAAUUCCAGAUCAAGCACCUUCUAUGAUAAUUCCAACACAAAUGAAACGCACUCUUGAAGAUGGAUCUUCUGCUGAAAAUCCAGUAUUUGAUGAUAUCAUUGUUGAUCCUGUUGCACGAGGUUUCAUUAGAGACUGGGAUGCCAUUGAAGACUUGUUGCACCAUGUUUUGUACAAUGGCCUUGGUUGGGAAGUAGGCAAUGAAGGUCAGAUAUUAUUCACAGAUCCACUGUGUACCCCCAAGUCUGUGAGAGAACAAUUGGUGCAAUUGAUGUUUGAAACAUUUAAUGUCUCCGGAUUUUAUGCUUCAGAGCAAGCAGUAUUAUCCCUUUAUGCAGUAGGUCGUAUAUCGGGCUGCACUGUCGAUAUUGGUCAUGGGAAGAUUGAUAUUGCUCCAGUUCUUGAAGGAGCAGUCCAACACAUUGCCUCAAAAAGAUUGGAGAUUGGAGGUAUUGACUUGACGAAGUUAUUUGCUCAAGAACUGGGUAAAUCUAAUCCUCAUGUGAACCUGAACAUCUCUGAUGUUGAAAAUCUGAAGGAGCAAUACUCAUGCUGUGCUGAAGAUGAAUUUGCUUAUGCAAAAACCCAAAAGUCAUGUGAGACUGAGCAGCAUACCCUUCCUGAUGGGCAGGUGAUAAAAAUUGGAAAAGCUAGAUACACUGUUGGUGAAGCUUUAUUCCAACCUUCUAUUUUGGGUUUAGAGGCAUAUGGAAUUGUUGAGCAGCUUGUACGUAUUAUAUCAACAGUUUCAUCUGAGAACCAUCGACAGCUGUUGGAGAAUACUGUACUUUGUGGUGGCACUUCUUCUAUGACUGGUGAGUUGUUCGCUAAUGAGAUACUAGUGAAAGUUAUUUUUAUUUUUUUGUUAUAUAUCUUUGUUGAUGGGAUCUUGAUUUAUGAUACUGAAUAUGAUCUAACCCAACAUAUAACAAAAGCAGAUUAUGAUGAAACUGGACCUUCUGUGGUUCACCGGAAAUGCUUCUGAGAGUGGACGAUCAAGUUAAUUACAUGGUAUCACUAAUUUUAGCUCGUAGUCUAGUAGAUAAUUGUGGUGCUGGUAGGAUCUUAGAAAGAGAAUCUGUUUAAUCUGUAAGGCCUCAGUUCAGCAUAGCUGACUUGAUUGCUUGAUUCUUCUUAAUUUGUAAGGGUUCAGAUCGCUUCAGUUUUGUCAAGAUUAACUUCCUGUCAGUGUGGAAGCAAGUAAAUUUAGAUAUUACGUUUUUGUACCCAGGGAAAAAAAAUUGACAUAAAUUUUUAACUGGAUAGAUUUGUUUUUUUGAAUUAUUACUUUGAGAAAAUGUUUAUUUGACUAA